AUGGACGAUGUGUACCUGCUGUAUGAUUGGGGAAAAAGGCAACUCGUCCAGCAGUGGCCGAGCGACCGCGCAAGAUCGCGGCAACUACACCGGGCGCCCGGUGCUGACGAACGCCAUCUACGAAUCCUCGUGGCGUCGGCGCCCGGCCAUGUGGAAGAACGCAACGCCAUCCGCCAGACGUGGGGCUCCCACGCGGGUCGCGCAGACGUGGCGAUGGCCUUUAGGCUGGGCUCGUCACCGGCGAGCAAACGAGCUAAGCUGGCGGCCGAGGACACUCUCUUCGGCGACUUGAUCAUCGGCAACUCCGUUGACUCAUAUCGUAACCUAACAUUCAAGACGCUGUCACCACGGGUGCUCAAAACGGACGACGACGUGUUCGUGAACGUGCCGCGGCUGCUGCAGUGCACCUCGGCGACGCAGCGCGCCAAGGCGACGCGCGCACUGUGGGGCUCGCUGAUCAUUCUCUCUCCGAAGCCGAAUCGAUCAAAACGAAGCAGGUACUACGUAUCUCCCGUGCAGUUCCCAGCGGCAGGUACUCCAUCGCAAACGCCGCGACUGCUAAGUGGAUGA